AGGUAGAAGAAGGGGAGCCAGGGUUGGGAAAGUGUUGCAUCUCUUUCCUCCCCAAAGGGAGCAGUAGGACCACCCAACCCAGACAAAAGGAAAAGUGGUUCCCAGCGAACUCCCUUGGCAACAGUGUCAGAAGGCCAAUCUUGCCAGACUGGAAGAAUAGCCAGGCAAUUGAGGACUGUGGCUUCGUCCUAAUGGCCCGUGCUCCACCUUCACCUCUGACCCCCGGGAAUAUCCCACGCAACCUCAGCUACAUUGCAGGCCUCUAUGAGCGAGCGUACUACCGCACUGCCCGCCCAAGCUUGGCCGAAGAUUCGGGCACCGAAGGCUCUGAAUCCGAGUCAGAAGGCCGGCCCCGGAGCAGGCCCCGGAGACGCCGCCAUCUUUUUGGAGGUCCCAAGAAGAGGGGACGGCGCCGGACUCGCUCAGCCCCUGCUCGGGGCAGGAACAAGGGGGCCUCACGAAGCCGCAGCCCCGGGACACGCAAAAGGGUCCGUUUUGCCGAUUCUCUAGGCCUCGAGCUCACCAGUGUCCGGCAAUUCUGGCCCAACGACCUUCCCCAAGUGCCGGAGCAUGUCCACACCCAGCUGAGGCGGGAUUCGCUCAGCCAUUUUGCCCCUUGUCUGCCUUUUUCCCCACCAGUGAAGGAUCCUUUGAGUCUACGGUGCCUGCUAGAACCCACCUUCCCGGACCCCCUGAGCUUGCCGGAUUUCUCGCAACGCCUCCUGGCCCAAUGUGUGCUGCUAGAAGGAGCCCGGGCUGAGGGUUCCUGUGUGUCUGGCACCAUCCGCGUGCUCAACUUGGCCUACGAGAAACGGGUCUCUGUGCGUUACACGUGGGACUCCUGGGCCACACGACACGAAGCCCGGGCCUCCUACGCCGCGCCUGCAGGCCGGGGCCGGGACCACGCUGACCGCUUUGCCUUCCGCCUUCUUCUGCCUGUACCUCUCCCGCCAGGGGUCUUCCUGGAGUUUGCACUAUGCUACCUUGUGGGUGGGAAUGAGUUCUGGGACAAUAACCAGGGGCGCAACUAUUCCUUCCGCCCCCCGCCUUGCGUGGAUGAGGAAGAUGAGCCCCCCAGUCCGACUCACGAUUGCUGUGAGACGGGAUGGAUACACUUCCUAUAAGAGAUUAUGUCCAUCCCCAAAAUAGCAGGGUGUAGGAGGAGGAGGAAAAGUUAAAAAGCCAAGGAAAGGACAGGGUAUAAGGAGAGACUUAUUAAAAGUCUGCUUUAGUAUGAUUUGCCUGGAGCCCAAGGAAUAAGAGAGUGUGAUAGAUUGCAAUAGAUUGCAUCACA